GGCGGUCUCGUUGGGCAUCUGGCCACUCUGGAAAUUUGCCACACCGGUCCUCUCUACUCUGGCUCUUCUGCUCAUUCCGACCACUCUGAUGCUGAACGCCAAAUGGCCUGGGAACGUGGAGAGAUUGAUUAUACUGGCUCUGAUCGUUUCACUAAUAUUCGAUCCAAAUUAGACGAUGCACUUAAACUUCCCUAG